AUGAAAGGAGCGGGAGAGUGUGGGAAAAGCACAGUUGUGAAACAGAUGCGAAUUAUCUACGCAGACGGGUUCAGUGACAUCGAAAGACUACAACACCUGCCCAUAAUCAGAGGAAACGCCAUAAAGUCCAUAGCUGUCAUCCUGCACGCCAUGAAUACCCUCAACAUCCAAUUUGAGGACCGAAAUUUAGAUCCCUUGGCAGCUAUGGUCCGCGAGUUCCAGAGCAAUUAUGACUUAACGAUUAAUUCGGAGAUCCCAGGCCAUAUCGUGGAUGCGGUAGAAAAAAUAUGGUCAGAUCCCAACUUAAAGGAGUGCUACAAAAGGUCAAACGAGUACCAACUGAUGGACAACGCCAAGUACUUCAUAGAGAAGGUGCGACAGCUGUCUAGUAUGGCCUACAUGCCCUCUACACAGGACAUCAUCAAUGAGAGGUCCCAGACGAGGGCGCUGGUGGAGGUCAUGAUAGAUGUGGACACCAGACAACACAGGGGCACCUUCAGAAUCAUCGAUGUCGGAGGACAGAGGUCACAACGGCGCAAAUGGGUUCACGCGUUUGACAACGUCACUGCCAUUAUUUGGGUAGCCUCUCUGGCUGAUUACGACCUGACAUUACAGGAAGACCAGAAACGACCCACAAACAGAAUGAAGGAGAGUCUAACUCUGUUCGAAAGCACAAUCCACAUGCCAAUAUUCAGGAGCAAAAACAUCGUCUUAUUUCUGAACAAGACAGAUUUGUUCAAGAAGAAAAUCAAGACAUCGCCGAUAUCAGACCAUUUUAGCUCUUACAGUGGCGGUAGUGAUUUUGACGCAGGCUGCCAAUUCUUCUGCAACCAAUUCCUGUCCAAAAAUCAGAAUGAACGAAGGAGGAUAUUCUAUCAUUUCACAUGCGCAACAGAUACCCAAGCGCUGACUCAUUUGAUUAAUUCGGCCGUCAACACUAUUAUGGACGAUGUUUUAUAUAAAGCAGGACUCGCGUAACUUUAUUGAGACUCAAUUUUAAAAAUAUGUAUAAAUAUUUUAUUCGCAUAACAUAAAUUAUUAUUA